GUGUAUUGAUCAGCUGACGGUGGUUCAAGCGGAGCUGCAGGAUUCCGUGAAGGAGCUGACGAAGAGCCGGAAGAAAUACCAGGAGGCCGAGACCAUGGCUCAGGCCGUCCGAGAGAAGGCCGAGCUGGACGCCAAGUCCAGGCUAAGUCUCUUCCAGUCCAGAUCCAGUCUUCAGAGAGCAACCGUCAAGCUGAAAGCCAAGAGAAGCGAGUGCAACUCCAAAGCAACACACGCCCGUAACGACUACAUUCUCAUGCUAGCAGCCGCUAACGCUCACCAGCAGCGCUACUACAACACAGACCUCAUGGACUGCAUCAAGGUGUUAGACGGCAGGAUCUACGAGCAGGUGAAGGAUUACCUCGUCUCGCUGUGUCAGACGGAGCUGGAGAGUUACCAGGCCGUCCACAACACCUUCAACCAGCUCCUCAACAGCUCCAACGGGGUGAGUCUUCAAACACACUGGACAACCAGCACUUAA